AUGUUGCGUUGCACACGUAAUUUCCAUCACUCUACCAGAUUACUAAGAGGUCAAAACCUCACAGAAAAGAUCGUCCAAUCCUACGCUGUCAACCUACCUAAGGGCAAACAAGUCCAUUCAGGUGACUAUGUAUCAAUCAGUCCUGCUCAUUGUAUGUCUCAUGACAACUCAUGGCCCGUCGCCUUGAAAUUCAUGGGAUUGGGUGCCACUAAAGUAUUCAAUAAUAGACAAAUCGUCAAUGCCUUGGAUCAUGACAUUCAAAAUAUGUCAGAGAAGAACCAAACAAAAUACAAGAAUAUCGAAAAUUUUGCAAAGAAACAUGGGAUCGAUUUCUACCCCGCUGGAAGAGGGAUCGGUCAUCAAAUCAUGGUCGAAGAGGGGUAUGCCUUCCCCUUGAACAUGACUGUCGCUUCAGAUUCUCAUUCAAAUACUUAUGGUGGGUUAGGUGCCCUCGGGACCCCCGUUGUGAGAACAGACGCCGCUACCAUUUGGGCCACAGGUCAAACGUGGUGGCAGAUCCCACCGGUGGCUAAAGUGGAAUUGAAAGGUGAAUUACCUGCAACCAUCUCAGGGAAGGAUAUUAUCGUUGCUCUAUGUGGUGUCUUCAAUAAUGAUCAAGUUUUGAAUCAUGCCAUUGAAUUCACAGGGGAUUCUUUGGAUAAAUUACCUAUCGAUUAUAGAUUAACCAUCGCUAAUAUGACUACAGAAUGGGGGGCCCUUUCUGGUCUUUUCCCCGUGGAUAAGACUUUAUUAAAUUGGUAUCAUGAUCGUUUGAAGAAAAUUGGUCCAAAUCAUCCAAGAAUUAAUGCAAAGACUAUCGCAGAUUUGGAAAAGAGGGCUCAAAUAGUUAAGGCUGAUGAAGAUGCUAAAUACGCAAAGAAAUUAGUUAUUGAUUUAUCCACCUUGACUCAUUACGUCUCAGGUCCAAAUAGUGUUAAAGUCUCCAAUACUGUGCAAAAUUUAGCAAAGGAUAAUAUCAAGAUCGAUAAGGCUUAUUUAGUCUCAUGUACCAAUGCACGUCUUUCCGAUUUGGAAGCUGCCGCAUCUAUAGUAUGUCCAACGGGUGAUAUUAAUAAGAUUAAUAAAGUCGCACCUCAUGUUGAGUUUUAUAUCGCUGCUGCAUCAUCAGAAGUGGAAAAGGAUGCUCGUAACCUAGGUAUCUGGGAUAAAUUAUUGAAAGCUGGUUGUAAGCCAUUACCAUCUGGUUGUGGACCAUGUAUUGGCCUGGGUGCUGGUUUAUUAGAAGCAGGUGAAGUUGGUAUCAGUGCCACUAAUAGAAACUUCAAGGGUAGAAUGGGUUCCAAGGAUGCAUUGGCCUAUUUAGGUUCCCCAUCUGUGGUGGCUGCCUCUGCUGUGCUAGGUAGAAUUGGAUCUCCAGCCGAGGUUCUUGGUGUGGGAGAAAUUAAAUUUAAUGGUGUUAAGGCUCAUGUCUAUGAACAACCAAAUAAUAUCGCGGUAGAAGAGACGGACCCAAGUGUGAAUUCCAUUGCUUCUGCUGUGGAAAUCUUGGAUGGAUUCCCAAGUGAAAUCUCAGGGGAAUUAAUUCUUUGUGAUGCUGAUAACAUUAACACAGACGGUAUCUAUCCAGGUAAAUACACUUAUCAAGAUGACAUUUCAAAGGAAACAAUGGCUAAGGUGUGUAUGGAAAAUUAUGAUCCUGAAUUUGGGAAGAAAGUUAACGCCGGUGAUAUCAUCAUUAGUGGGUUCAAUUUCGGAACAGGUUCCUCCAGAGAACAAGCCGCUACUGCUUUAUUAGCUAAGGGUGUUCCAUUAGUCGUCUCUGGUUCGUUCUCUAACAUCUUCUUCAGAAACUCUAUUAAUAAUGCAUUGCUGACUUUAGAAAUUCCAGUUCUAAUUGAAAAACUAAGAGCCAAAUAUAAGGAUGCCCCUAAGGAAUUGACUAGAAGAACUGGUUGGUUCUUGAAGUGGGACGUGGCAAAGACUAAGGUCAUUGUCACCGAAGGGUCUCUAGAUGGACCUGUCAUUUUAGAACAAAAGGUUGGUGAAUUGGGGAAGAACUUGCAAGAAAUUAUCGUCAAGGGUGGUCUUGAAAGUUGGGUUAAGGCUCAAUUAUGA